ACACCUAACAUGACGGGAACAAUGACAACAACUCCCAUGUUUAACGACACAAUCUCUAUGCUGAACACGACGACAAAUUACACGGAGGAGUACAAAAGAUGGUACCUGGAACAUCUAAGGCAACACUCCCUCCGCAUCAUGACCCCCACCAUCGUGUUCCUCACAGCUGUAGCCGUGGUUGGAGCUGUGGGGAACUCCUUAGUUCUGCUGGUCUACACCAGGAGUUUCACGUCAAAACCCACGAGGAUUUUUAUACUCACGCUGUCGUUUCUUGACUUGAUAACAAAUCUCUUUGUUAUACCAGUUGACAUCUAUGACCUAUUUGAAUACUGGACCUUUGACAGACCUUCAAUCUGCAGGGCAAAACGUUUCAUGUACACAUUCAACACAAUUGGAUCGUCACUAGCACUGCUGGCUAUUUGUGUUACAAGGUACAGAAAAAUCUGCAGACCAUUCGGCAAGCAAGUAACAGUAACCUCAGCCAAAGUUACCUGCGUGGUUAUCGCCCUUGUGUCCAUCUUCUUCUCCUCCCCCAACGCUGUCAUCAACGGUGUACAAACCGUCAAAACGCCUACCCCUGGAAUCUUCGGCAAGCAGUGCCGGACCGACGACGCCUACGUCCGUACCAUCUGGCCUAACCUUAACGCCAACUUGUUUAUCGUGUUGUUUGUUCUAAUCUGUACGCCCCUAGUUGUUCUGUACGUAUUGAUCGGAGUCAAAGCACGCAGGAGAAAGUUUUUUAAAGUCUCUUCUGUGAGGACCGCAGCUAAAUCCAAUGAGAAAGGAUCAGACUCCACGAAGGAGAGUUCGGAGUGUAAGGUUUAUACAGAUUCAGACAGCAAAUGUUCUGGUACUACAACUGUCAGUACUGACAUCUCAAGCCAAAGUACUGACAUUCAGUUAAAAGUAAUUCCCGAUAAAAGUUCUUCUGCAAAAUUAACGGAAGGUGUUCAGAAAUCGCUAAUUGAUGAAAAUGAAGCAAGUAAACUUGAAGAUGUAGAUAGAGACAUGUUCAAGUCUCUUACGUCGUCUUGUGGUCGAGAUAUUGGUGCCAGUAACAGAGAAAUUCUCGAGAGGCAAUCUAGUAGCUCAGACAAACCCUCUGUGUUGGGUGCCAACAAAACACACCUUAAAACGUCAAAUAAAUCAGAAGUAGACUUAGAAAUCUCUGCGACACGGGAUAAAAAUAAAUCGACCAAAACAAAAAUCAAAGAAGAUUUAAAGAAAAAAGAAAAUAGAUCGAAAAAUCAAAACAAUAAAACGAAUUUAUUUAGUAGAAUUCAAAACAAAUUCCGAAGAGACCAGAAAUCCCGAAUGUCCACGAACACCAUCAAAAGUUCAAACCGCACCACCAUCAUGUUAGCCAUCAUCACCAUAGCGUUCAUCUCCAGUUUCCUCCCCUUCCUAUCAGUUAUGUUCUGUAAGUUAGCGGCGCCCAAGUUAUUUUUUAACAUGAGUCCACAGUUGGAGUCGGUGUAUGAGUUCAUGCUCAGGUCAUACCUGCUCAACACAGCAGCCAAUCCGGUCAUCUACAACCUGUGUGACGUCAACUUCCGGAAGGAAUGUUUCAAACUGCUCAAGUUCUGGUAA